AAAUGAGUGCAUUUGCUGCUCGGCAAAAGCUGUUAGCUGCCGCUGCCAGUGCUGCCGCCACCACUCCCAAUAUGGACGACAACGACAACGACGGAGAUAUCAUUGACCGCAACACAUCCGCCAAGUCCUUCUUCACGAGGGACAAUUUCAGAAAGGCACUACAGGCUCAGAAACAGGAGCCUUCCCAUCACGUGGACGACACACCAGCAGCGCGCCCCAGGAAGCGAAAGCAGGGCCCCAAGGACCAAGUACCAGCCGAAGGAAGAGAUGAAGGCCGUCAGCUGAAAUCCCAAUUCCCAAAUCUCUCAGAACCAAUGCCAACAGGUCGGAGGAGGAUCAUCUACUAUUCAUCUCAAAGGUUGAGUCAGACCAACAUCCAACCAAAGGCCAAUGGCCGUAUGCUCCUCAAGCUCCUCGAUGGAGAACGUUUGGUCAUUCUUGGGAGCUAUGGUAUCAAGGUUCGCGAAGGCGAGCUUACCGUUGCUGGAGCCUUCUUGUCAAAAUCGGACCUCGUCCACUGGGUUCAUGCUCCCCAAUGCCAUGCUCUUCCCGUCAUCCGCAUCACGAACGAUGCCACAAUCGAGUUGCAUCCACACCCAGGAGCUCAGAGCUUGCGACAGCUCGCUAGCCUGAACCCGGCAUUUGGGAAGCUAUGGAAUGAGUCGGAUGAUGUUGCGCCGGGUCAGGCCAAAAAAGUUUUUCCUACCUUCCAGAUCAUAUUUACCUCGGAUGAUGCCCCUAAGAGAGGCGGCAUUCAGGAAUUGGUCUCCCCUGCUGAAUGGAACAAGCAACUAGCGGAUGUCCUAGACUCUAAGAGAAAGGCUACGCCUGUUGUCUUCCUAACCGGCCCCAAGUCAUCCGGCAAGUCCACCUUCGGGCGGCUAAUGGCCAACCGUCUGAUAACUGGCUCUGGACUCUCACGACAGCCCUGGGCUCCCGUAGUCGUCCUCGAUCUCGACCCAGGUCAGCCCGAAUUCGGACCUCCCUCCGUCAUAUCCCUCAACAAGCUAUCAAGUCCAAACCUCUCUCCUCCCUUUUGCCAUCCCGCUUUGGACCCAAGAACGGCUCAACUACGCGCCCACACCGUUGCCUCCGUCACGCCCAGCCUGGACCCAGACCACUUUGUUGCCUGCGCCCUCGAUCUCUUCCACACUUGCAAGACCAACCCCUCACUGAACAAACUCCCACUCAUCAUCAACACCCCGGGCUGGAUCCAAGGAACCGGGCUCGACAUCCUAUCUGAGCUAAUCCGCCAGACAGUCCCGACAGAAGUGAUCUACAUGUCCCAAGACGGACCUGAGGAGACCGUUGACGGUCUCAAAGCCGCCUGUCAGGAAAAGAAAAUCCCCUUCGUUGCUCUCCCCAGUCAACAGCCCCAAGGUCAGCCAUCCUCGUCAGUCGAUGCCACGACCCCAGCAACCUCGGGGGGAGGAGGAAGCUCAAGAACAGCCCUCCAUCUCCGUACAAUGCAAACAAUGUCCUACUUUCACCUGCUCUUCUCCUCCCUCACUGUUCCUGUCCCCCACAGCCAAAGCCAAAACCAAAGCCAACCCCAUCCCGGCCCAACCUGGUCCGCCACACCUCUCACCCACCUUCCUCCCUGGCGUGUUCGCUAUCGCGGCCCUCGCCCCGGUUUCCUGGGAAUCCUCUGCUACGACCACCAGCCCGCGCCGGACUUGUUGGCCGAAGCCAUCAACGGGAUGAUACUUGCCUUGGUGAAAAUUGAAGACCGCGCUGGUGCUUUUAGGGACUUUCCCGACCUUCUCGUCGUGUCUUCCCCACAGAAGCAGCAGCAGCAGCACCAACAGUCUAUACAGCAAUUCAAGAAGCAGUCCUCGUCCCAAAAACAACAACAACCAGAGUUAUUGAUCUGCAAGACCCCCCGCGAAUCCCUCCCGCACCUCCCCAACCCACAAGGCAAAACGCUUUCCCCCGCACAUUCGCGCGUGCUGGGGUUGGUGCUGGUAAGAGGAAUUGAUGUCAGAAGGGGGGAGUUGCACCUUUUGACGCCUUUGCCUGUGGAGAUGCUAGCAGGAAAUGAGCAGAAUCUGGUGUUGGUGGCGGGCAGGUUCGAUACCCCCUCUUGGGCGUAUGCGGAGGAUUUGCACAGGAGGCAGUGGGAGAAGAAUAAUGCCGCUGCUGCUAGAAACAAACAGCAGGGUUUGGUGCUUGGUGGUAGUGCGAAGAUGGAGAUUGAUGAUGAUGAUGACGAUGGUACUGGGGAUGGGGACCAGAGUGACGAGACGGAAUCGGUUGGAGCGGAUGAGGUUGAGGAGAGGCCGGAGCGGGAAAGGGUUCAGGCGUUGCAUGGUGGGACGUCGGAGGCGCAGCCGUGGGUGGAGAUGUUGCAUGGGAGUCAGGGACGGGCGGCGGGGAGUAAGGUGUGGAGGGUUAGGAGGGAUUUGGGAAGACGGUAGAUGUGUCAGGACGUGAUUAAGGAAGGAUGUAGGGGAAAGUGAACGGGUAUGAAUUGUCUUGAAGAAAACACAGAAGUUAAUAGGUGUAGCGGAAUCCAGGCUGGGCAUCGUCCUGUUAAAAAAGAAAGAAAAAAAGUUAGUCAACAAUUUCAACAACCGACAAUAAGAGGAGGGUACAGAACAGAUUAGAAAAGAAACACUCACAUCCUCAGCCUCCAAUUCCUUCUCACCCCUCUCCGCCUUCCUAUUCUCCCUCCAGAAAGAGACAGUCAAGCACGCGACAAGCACCAGAGUCAACAGACUGGUCGCAAUGCACGCAUACAGACCCGGCUUGUAGCCCGUGAGCUUAUCCUGCUCUCUAAAGACCAAACUACCAGCGAUACCGCCGAUGCCACCAAACGACACAAACGUAGCGCUGCAGAACGCCCUCUUCCACUGUCCGCGGAUGUUGUUGGCCUGGUAGCUCAUCGCCGCCGGCACGUUCGAGUUGGCACCGGCAGUGACCAGGAACACACCGAAGUAGCGGACCUUGGCACUAGCAGCGAAGCCCAUGAUGGGGACGCCGAUGACGGCGAGCAGCGCGUUGAACGCCACAAUGGGGCCGCGGAUGCGGAAGCGAUCGCCGACAUAGGCGCCAGCAAACAUGACGAAGCCAGCGAAAGCAUAUGGAGGCGCGACCAAGCACUGCGACUGCGCAAUGUUGAAGCCCAUGCCCGUGUUGAGGAUCAUGGGCAGGAAGAAGGAGAGGGCGUAGCUGAUGGUGGUGGUGUUGAAGAAAAUCAUGGCGUACGCCCACACCUUCCAGUCCCGGCCGGACGACAGGUACUUGCUGAUGACGAACUUUUGGGGCACAACGUCGCCGCGGUCGGCCUGCACGCGCGCGCACACCCACUCGCGGUCCCGAGCCGAGAGGAAGGACCAGGUCUUGCGAGGGGAGUCGGGGAAGUCGACUAGGAGCCAGUAGCCGGCUAUUCCCAGCAGACAGGUCAGCACGCCCUCAAUAAUGAAGAUCCAGCGCCAGCCGGUGAGGUUGGCGAGGCCGCCCAUCUGCAUCAGGCCAUAGGCGAGAAUGCCGGCGAAGGCGGACGCGACGCAGCCGGUUAGGUAGAAGACCGAGUUGCGCUUGCCGACUUCGUAGCGUGUGUACCAGGUGGAAAGGAGGUAGACGCAGGAGGGGAAGAAACCUAGUUUUUCGAAGGUUUAGUAACCGAACCUUGAUAUCAAACACGAAAGAAAGGAAGGAAAAAAAAAAAAAAGAAAGAAAAACUCACCAGCCUCCAAAACACCCAACACCACCCUCAAAGCCGCCAACUGCUCCCAACUCUGGACAAACCCCAUUCCAAUCAUGACGCUCCCCCACAAAAGCGUCAACGCACUCAUGUGAAUCCUCGGCCCAAUCUUGCGGCAGAUCACCGUACUCGGCGGCUGAAACAGGACAUACGUCACAAAGAACACCAGCGACACGAUCGAGUACCGAUUAUCAAUCAGCUUCAGCUCCUUGCCCAUGCCGGCAAUGUUGGCCGCGCCCAGGUUGGUGCGGUCCAUCAGCGACACGCAGUACAUGGCGCCAAUGGUCAUGACUAGCCGCCGGUCAAUGUGUCGCUUGAUGCGCUUCUCCUCGGCAGGUGACAGGUUAAAGUCCGCACCGCUGGUGCCGCUGGCGAUGACGGCCGGGUUGGGGGAGGAGGAGGAGGACGCGGCUGAGGGGGCCUUUUCGGAGUGGUAGGCUGAGGCUUUGGAUUCGACGUCCAGACCCCCGGUGUCCAUACCACCUGGCGGAUACGUGUUGGCGACCAUGUUGGUGAUGUGUGUGUAAGACCCUCGGUAGGUAGAAGUGGUAAGGUGAUAGAGGAGGGAAGACACUCGAAAAUCAA